ACAGCAGUAGCGCUUUUCACCCCCUGAGAAAGUAGCAUACCAUAGCUAGCUGCCAUUGCCAAGCAUCGCUCUAAUCCUCCUCCUGUCUGCGUCUCUCGCUCAUAGAAACGUAGCACCGGCCCCAAAUCUCAUCGUCAUCAACCAAAAACUCCCUCACGUCCCUCUCUCUCUGAAUUUUCUUCCGUCUUCGAUUUCUCUCGUAUCAUCCAAUCCAAAUAAUCGUCUCAUUCACUCCUCAGAAAUCAACCGGGAUUCGUUGAUUAUCAACUGGUGUAAACUGCGAUUUUUUUUAUCAGAUUCAAUAGAGUUUGGUUGUUACGGUUGGAUCCAUAUCGGGUAGUGUUUCUGGCCAUAAUUGAGGGGCAGUAUAUGGAAGGAUUUGUGAAUGAAAGUAUCGGAGUGUAAGACGCAAGAUGCCGGGAUUACCGCAACGAAAUGAAAAAUUCGGAAAUGAUUCAUCGACGGUCCAGUCUAAUUGGUUAUGGUCUAAGCAGGGCGUCGAUGUUAGCCAGAAUCAGCUUCAGAAGUUCUGGAGUGAACUGUCUCCACAAGCUCGGCAGGAGCUCUUGAGAAUUGACAAGCAAACACUGUUUGAGCAAGCCCGUAAGAACAUGUACUGCUCCAGAUGCAAUGGGCUUCUGCUUGAAGGCUUUUUGCAGAUUGUCAUGUAUGGAAAAUCUUUGCAGCAGGAGGGAGCAGGUGGACACCUUCCUUUAAACAGACUAGGAGUAUCAAAAGAUCAAAUUGACAAUGGCUCUAGUACCUGUAAUGGAUGCCAAGAUGAAAUUCAGGAUUCGUCUGUUCAUCCCUGGGGAGGUCUGAUCACAACUCGUGAUGGAUCACUGACCCUUUUGGACUGCUAUUUGUAUUCAAAAUCUCUCAAGGGGCUUCAAAAUGUCUUUGACAGUGCACGUGCAAGGGAACGAGAACGAGAAUUGCUCUAUCCUGAUGCUUGUGGUGGGGGAGGUCGUGGUUGGAUAAGCCAAGGAAUAACAAGUUAUGGCAGAGGACAUGGACCUAGGGAAACAUGUGCACUGCAUACUGCUAGGCUUUCUUGUGAUACAUUGGUGGAUUUCUGGUCAGCCCUUGGAGAAGAGACUCGGCAAUCCCUUUUAAGGAUGAAAGAAGAGGAUUUUAUUGAGAGGCUUAUGUUCAGGUUUGACAGCAAGAGAUUUUGCAGAGACUGCAGAAGGAAUGUUAUUCGUGAGUUCAAGGAGCUGAAAGAGCUGAAGCGAAUGCGGAGAGAACCUCGCUGUACCGGUUGGUUUUGUGUUGCAGAUACAGCUUUUCAGUAUGAGGUAUCUGAUGACACAAUCCAAGUUGAUUGGUGCCAUACUUUUGCUGACACUGUGGGAACAUACCAUCAUUUUGAAUGGGGAGUCGGGACAGGAGAAGGAAAAUCUGACAUCCUUGAAUUCGAAAAUGUUGGAAUGAAUGGAAGUGUUCAAGUUAGUGGCCUAGAUCUUGGUGGUUUCAGUGCAUGUUACAUUACACUGAGAGCUUGGAAACUAGAUGGCAGAUGCACUGAGCUUUCUGUAAAAGCUCAUGCAUUAAAGGGUCAACAUUGUGUGCACUGUCGGCUGGUUGUUGGAGAUGGUUAUGUUACAAUUACAAGGGGAGAAAGUAUCAGAAGAUUUUUUGAACACGCCGAAGAGGCUGAAGAAGAAGAGGAUGAUGAUUCCACAGACAAGGAUGGAAAUGAGAUUGAUGGAGAAUGCUCCCGCCCACAAAAGCAUGCAAAGAGUCCCGAACUUGCUCGGGAAUUUCUUCUAGAUGCUGCAACUGUUAUUUUCAAGGAGCAGGUCGAAAAGGCUUUCCGGGAGGGAACUGCACGCCAGAAUGCACACAGCAUCUUUGUUUCUCUUGCAUUAAAGCUGCUGGAGGAUCGUGUUCAUGUUGCAUGCAAAGAAAUUAUUACGUUGGAAAAGCAGAUGAAACUUCUUGAAGAAGAAGAAAAGGAAAAGCGUGAAGAAGAAGAACGCAAAGAGAGGAGACGAACAAAAGAAAGAGAGAAAAAGCUGCGCAGAAAGGAGAGGUUAAAAGGGAAAGAGAGAGAGAAAGAAAAGAGGUCUCCUGAAUCAAAUCAUACUCUUGUUUCUCUUGAUGUCUCAAAGCAACAUUCAGCACCAAAUGCUGAUGAGGAGCCUAAUAACCUCGUCAGUUAUGGGGAUUCUCUUAGUGAAACACAUGAUAUUGUUCCCUCGCGAACGGCAUCUCCUGAUAUCCUGGAAGAAGAUUUCUCAAAUGGUUUUAACUCUUCAAAAAUGCAAACCCAUUCUUAUAAUUGUCAUGAUGAGGAAGCUGGAAAUGUGAAUGAUGGUACUGAUCCUUUCAUGACAGAGCAAUCCAAAUAUUCACGUCGGAGAUUGAAGUUUCAGAAAGAAGUCCAACAUGAUACAUCUUCAUCUUCAAAGUGGUCUGACAGACGCCGGUUUGCAGUUGGUUCAGAAAGUGCUGUUUGGGUUAAUAGAUUUGACUCAAGAUAUCACCGUGAUAAUUUUGAGACCCCUUCCAGGGGCGUCAAUGGAUCAAACAGGCAAAUAGGGAAGACUGCGUCCAAGCCUAAUGGUCGAAACGGUAGCCUUAAGUUUAGUGAGAAAUUUCACUACUCGGGCAACAAGACAAGUGAUCGAUAUGAUUCCUAUUCUUGCAGGUGUAACCAGCAGAAUGAAUACCGAAUGAAGGUCGAUGUUUCUACCACAGGAGUAGGUUGGGAGAGCAAAUCUGUCAGGAAAUCAGAAUCUACUGUAGAUAUGUCCAAGCCAUUUCAUCGUGGCAACAGGAAUGGUCAAAUAGAUUACAUGCAUGAGAGUUGUGGAAGACCCAAAAAUAAAGUCAUCGCAGGAAGCAAUUCUUCUAGCCGAGAUUUGAUUCAUUCCAAGAAAGUUUGGGAGCCCAUGGAGUUACAAAAGAAGUACCACCGGAGCAACUCAGACUCUGACGUUACAUUGAGGUCGUUUGUUUCUAAGGUUGAAGAGCACAAUAGCAAUCUCUCCGGGAAUGUUACUGGUAAUUCAGUUGAGAAUGGUUCCGGGGCCAAUAAAACGAAGGAAGCAAGUACCCAUAGAGUUGGAACAGAUGUGGGCUUUCAGAAUGGACACAUUUUGGAAACCAAGGAUUCCUGCUAUUUUACAGAAGCUGUUUACAAGGAAGUUGCAUUGCAUCCUAAGGUUUCUGCCUCAAGUGUCACUUCCGAUCCCAUUACAAGUAAUAGUUCCAACUCCGACAACUACUCUUCAUGUCUUAGCGAGGGAGAUAGCAAUACAACAUCUUCAAACCAUGGAAACCCGGAAUCAUCAUCCACAUCAGAUUCUGAAGAUGCCAGUCAACUGUCAGAGGGUAGAGAAUCUUCCGUAUGCAUCCAAAGUGACUCGUCAGAUCAUCGUGAAGUUGCUGUGGAAAGAAAAAUCAGUUAUGGUGACGGGGAUGCAUUAGGAAGUAGGAAUAUGGACAGGCUUUCACCAGAUGUUUCUGGAAAUAAUAUAAUAGAAAAUCCUCAGAUGAGAAUUUCAGAGAAUUCUGAUAACGGAGUGCUUAAUGUUGGUAUGGCCUCCCAGCAACAAGGGGUGUUUGCUCCUAUGCAUAACCAAAAUAUACAUUUUCCUAUGUUUCAGGCUCCUUCAACAAUGGGAUACUACCAUCAAAAUUCCGUUUCCUGGCCUGCUGCUCCAGCUAGUGGAACGAUGCCCUUCCACCAUCCUAAUCCCUACUUGUAUGCUAAUCCUCUUGGGUGUGGUUUGGAUGGAAGCUCUCGCCUAUGCAUGCAGUAUGGUGCUCUGCCGCAUUUAGUUCCUCCCAUGUUUAAUCAUGCUUCUAUUCCAGUUUAUCAGCCUAUUGCCAACGCAAACAGCUUGAACUUGGAGGAGCGAUGUCGGAUUUCUACUUCGCCAGUGGCGCAAGAAGUUUUUAAUGGAGGCAGUACAGAGAGGGUGGCUCCAACCGGUUCACAUCGAAUGGAAGGACCUCCAGGUGGGAAACUUGGACACAACGAUAAUUCUCCCAAAUUGCAAAUGGGUGACACCAACUUCUCCUUGUUCCAAUUUGGCGGCCUUGUAGCUAAUUCAACAGGAUGUAAUCCAAAUCCUGUAUCUUCAGACAAUGGUUUUGUUUGGGACUUCUCUUCAACGUUUUCUGCGGAUCAUGUCGAAAACAAUCGUGCUUGCAACAAGAAAGAGACGGCGGCUAUUGAAGAGUACAACUUGUUUGCAGCAAGUAAUGGCAUAAGGUUUUCGUUCUUCUAAUAUGUCGGUGAGAAGGCAUGAGAUGCCUGUUGGGGAAUCCAGUUCUUAUCUUCUUGUGUGGUAUUGGGAGCUUGAGCCCUAUGUAAUCCGAACUCAAUAAUCUUCCUCCUACAAAUUCCAAAUUUUAGUUUACAGUUUAUUUUAAUUGAUUGUCAUCCAAAUUGUCUUAUUGUUUAUUUGGUGCAGAGAUAAAAAGUUUGGGAAAGUAUAGUGUUUGAAGGUUUCUUUUGUAUGAGGUUGGUUUUUUCUUUAAUGGAAGAUUUGUUGGUAUAAUAUUUUCUUUUA